AUGCCUCCCGGCCAACCCCCCCAUCCCCAAGCUUUGUUUUCGCUCGUGCCCUUGAAUGCCAGGGCCAUAGGCAUUCUCACUUACCGGGACAAUGACCGUUUUGUCUCGUCUUUCCCUCUUCACAGCGACAACCCGACUGUCAAGGUUCAGGGGCUAGAUAUCGGGCCCCAGAUCGCAUCAGGCUCAAACGACACUCUUGCCAUUCUCGGUCGUGUAGGUAACAUCAAAUUCGACGAUCUUGAAAUCUCGCCUUACCAUUGCUCUUUCGAGCUUGACGAACACAACAGGGAGGAGGUAAUCCUCCAAGACCGAUCACUGGACAACUCGACUCAGCCUUACGGGCGGACAGCGAAGCCCUUCAAGGAGGGACACCUUGACCGCAGAGUCCUUGUCGACCGGGAAAUUAAUCUGCAGUUUAGUAUGGGUGGUCCGAACCACGAUCUGUAUCAGCUCCAAAUUUUUUGGCAUGACCAGCGUGACGACAACAGAGUAGGCAAUCCCCACCAUGCUCGCACCAUCGCAGACGAGCCACCGACAAGCGGGCCAUCCCCCCUAUAUACCGGAAUUCAUGCUGCUGGCAUUUGGGGGAUGAUCAGAUACUCGAAACGAAAGAAGCUCGGAAAGGGAGCAUUUGGUGAGGUUUGGAAGGUCGCCGAUGUCGAUACUGGCAAGCAUCUGGCUGUCAAACGGCUGAAGAUGUCUCAUAACCAUUUCGACGAAUACUCCUCACUGGAGCAAGAGGCCCACAUGCUGUCUAGUGUUUCCCAUAUGCUACAGGCCCUUGACUACCUUGCCAAAAAAGGCAUGAUUCACCGGGAUGUCAAACCCCUCAACAUUCUCUUUACACCGUUAUCGGAUGGGAAAUAUCUAUACCAGCUUGCAGAUUUUGGCCUUGCCAACACGGUGGUCAACGCCCAGACGUAUGCUGGUACCAAAAUGUACAUGGCGCCCGAACUAUAUCAGGACUCGAAGUGGCCCCAGACGGUCAAGAUGGACAUCUGGUCUCUCUUUGUUACCCUAGCGUAUGCCAUGAAUGCGUCCGGCUUUCAGCGGAAGCCAAUGCAUCCUCGUGAGCAAGUAUUCAAGGCAGUCAGGGAGGCGGCCAACGGGGCGGAGCUUGGACGGUUCCGAGAGAUGGCAAUUAUGAACCCCUACUAUCGAGCGACAGCAGAAGACAUGCUGGACACGGCCAGAAGACUUUCUGAAAUCACGUUCACUGGGUUUGCCCAAGGUCGGAACAGGAUGUAG